GGAUCCCGGCGGCUGUGGCGGAGGGGCCUCUGGCGAGGUGGCCCACGAAGCGCCCCGCGACAGCUCAGCUCCAUCUGCCGCUUCCUGCGGUGGUCCCCGCCUCUCCUCUCCCGGGAGCACCCAGCUCCAGGUGGAAGGGUGUGACCGUCGUUGGAGCAGCUGCAGCCACCAUGGGGCCCUGGGGAGAGCCAGAGCUCCUGGUGUGGCGCCCGGAGGCGGUGGCCUCUGAGCCCCCAGGGCCCGUGGGGCUGGAGGUGAAAAUGGGGGCCCUAGUGCUGCUGCUGUUGCUCACGCUCCUCUGCAGUCUCGUGCCCAUCUGUGUGCUGCGCCGGCCGGGGGCUGGUCCUGAAGCCUUAGCCUCCCGCCAAAAAGCCUUGAGCCUAGUAAGCUGCUUCGCAGGGGGUGUCUUUCUGGCUACUUGUCUCCUGGACCUACUGCCUGACUACCUGGCUGCCAUAGAUGAGGCCUUGGCAGCCCUGCACGUGACGCUCCAGUUCCCCCUACAAGAGUUUAUCCUGGCAAUGGGCUUCUUCCUAGUCCUGGUGAUGGAGCAGAUAACACUAGCUUACAAGGAGCAGUCGGGGCCACCACCUCGAGAGGAGACGAGGGCGCUGCUGGGAACGGCAAAUGGUGGGCCACAGCACUGGCACGAUGGGCCAGGGGUUCCACAGGCAGGUGGAGCUCCAGCAGCCCCCUCAGCCCUGCGUGCUUGCGUACUGGUCUUCUCCCUGGCCCUGCACUCGGUGUUCGAAGGAUUGGCAGUGGGGCUGCAGCGAGACCGGGCUCGGGCCAUGGAGCUGUGCCUGGCUUUGCUGCUCCAUAAGGGUAUUCUGGCAGUCAGCUUGUCCCUGCGGCUGCUGCAGAGCCAUCUGCGAGCGCAGGUGGUAGCUGGUUGUGGGAUCCUCUUCUCAUGCAUGACACCUCUGGGCAUUGGGCUGGGUGCAGCUCUGGCAGAGUCUGCGGGGCCACUGCACCAGCUGGCCCAGUCUGUGCUGGAGGGCAUGGCGGCUGGCACCUUUCUCUAUAUCACCUUCCUGGAAAUCCUGCCCCAGGAGCUGGCCGCAUCUGAGCAGAGGAUCCUCAAGGUCAUCCUGCUCCUCGCAGGCUUUGCCCUGCUCACUGGCCUGCUCUUCAUCCAAGUCUAAGGGCUCCAGGUGCUCUUCCCCAGGGUAAGCAGGAGCGGGGAAGGGAGGUACUGAGGAUCCAAGGGUUCUCCGGGAGGUAGGGAUGGAGUCUUUGGGACUACCUGACCAAUGACAGGGAUGUGGUAGACAAGAGCCUGGCCCCAAGGGACUGGGGAUAGUCAGGUGACUAAAGAUGACUAGUGAUUCCUAUUGGGGAAGACUGCUAGAGUCCAGGGUCAGAUGCUACAUACAGGGCCGAGCUGACACUGGGAAGGCUGCUGUGGGAUGGAGGUGUGGAGAAGGCACAGCUCCAAGUCAGCAGGCCUGCGUCUAGCCCAGUUCAGCCCUCUGUCUCUUGAGGUGGAGUGGACUCCUACUACUCUUUCUUAGCUCCUAAUCUAUCUUCUGCUUCCUUUCUUCCAGGGAACUAGUGCCAAAUGGCCUUUUCCUGCCAGUUUUGGUACCUUCUCUGCCUUCUCUAGUCCUGCUCACUUCUCUAUUUUUAAAGUGCCAAAUAAAUCCCUUCCCCUUUGUCAGAAAGCACAGUGAUGGCCCUGAGCCCUACCUGAGACCUCAUGGGAGGGGCCCUGCUUGCUCUUUGUUAGGGGCAGCAAUGUUUGCUGAGUUGAGGCUGGCAGGGGUGGUGGCAGAGCUCCUGCGCCCUAGGAGGAGAUAGGGACACGGUGCCCCGUGCCCAGGUGAUAAAUACUGAGCUGCCAAAACUUUUUAUAUCAGAGGAGCCCAAGGGGAAGGGGGGAAGGCUCACCCCCGCUAUUUUUGGGGAGGGAGGGCUGUGGAUAGAGCCAUGUUCUCCAGAAUCUAUUUUACUAACUGACCUGUUUUGGGACUUGUUACCCGAAUAAAAGCAGUUUCUAUA